AUGAUAGGUCGCACGACCAACUUUUAUUGUAAGCAGUUUGGCAAGGUUGCCAGAUCGCAUAACUGGGAGGAUUCGCAGCUGCGUAAUAGCAGGGCCCAACCUGAUACACGAGCUGAGCAAGAGGUUUCACCUCAUAUGGACGUAAGCGCUUACGAAGAAAUUCACACACAUUACUCCGACACGGGAAAGCACCGCUGCCCGGCGCUGCAGGGUAGCCUGGAUUACACCGAGGCGGAUGUGGCCGUGCUGCGGCGUAUGGAGGAUAUCGCUCCGGAGGACAUCGAUCAAGCACGGGGUCUGCCGGGGCUAGGCGGGGACGAGGAGCCAGGUGCAACGGGGGAACCAAGGCGUCAGGUGGAGCGCCAUCACGGGGACGCCAGCCGCGGCCCCGUGGGCGCGGAGCGUGACGAAGAUGUGUUGGGUAGUAGGGGACAUGGAUACGAAGGUGGCAGUGGCGGCGGCGGCGGCUUCCGCAGCGGAAGCAGCACUCUGUGGGGCACCUCUGUCGGAGCUGAGGUUGUCAGCCCCUCUUCCGGUUCCGGCAUGUCGGACAUGACCGGAAUCAUGGAUGAUGCGCACGCGGCGGAGUGGUCUCCUGCUCAGACUGCCGAGCUGGCGGCCAAGGGCAUCACGCUAGGCAGUGAGGCGCAGGUCCGGGAGGUGGAGCAGCUCAUCAGCGGUGGAACCGCCAACACCGGAGAUAUGCUGUCGCACCCGGAGCGCUUCGGAGGCCAUAGCGACGCCCCAGGGACCUUCCCGUCGCCACCGCCGCGCUACCGGGGCCACCUGGCCGCUGACCAGCAUACCGCCACAGUGAUGGGUUCCCAGGGAGCGGUACGUGCCGUAGAGGCGGCCAUCAGCCUGUCGACCCACUCUACCAGCUCUGCGGCAGGCAGCGUCGCCGGCAGUGCGGAAAGCAGCGGCGAAGGCAGUGCCGGAAAUGCGAUUCCGGCUGCAGGUCACCCAGGCGAACACGACUCUAGUGGGUCCCGCGGAGAAGUAAACCCUGGGGGGAUUGCCGGCGCCGCGGCGGUGAUGGGCAGCAAGGCGGCGCGCUCCCUGGAGGGCGUUGUGGACGUGGCUCGGACCACGGCAAGGAGCGCUGGCCAGAUGCUUGGGAACGCCGCACGACACCUGACGGAGGAGGAUGGGUCCAAGGAGAGAAAAGUUGGCACAACGUCUGCGGCGGCGGAGCCGACCGACAACACUCCUGCGCCAUAG